AUGCUGCUUCAGGUGGAGCGGCCUUGGAAGCACUGCUGUCCCUCUAGAUCUGGGGUCCAGGCCGGGCCCCCACCCGAGCCCGAGCCCGAUCCGGAACCCGAACAGAAGCCCGAGCCGGAGCCCGAGCCGGAGCCCGAACCCGAGCCCUUACCGGAGCCUGAGCCUGAGCUUAAGAGGCAGCCCGAGCAAGAGCCGAAGGAUGAGAAGCCAGCGCAGAGCGGUGUUGGCGGCAGUGGCGACGAGGUUCCUCCCCCCACCCUUCCCUCCGACCCUCCGCGGCCCCCUGAUCCCUCUCCGCGUCGCAGUCGUGCCCCGCGCCGCCGACCCCGGCCCCGGCCCCAGACUAGGCUCCGUACCCCGCCGCAGCCUAGGCCACGGCCCCCUCCCCGGCCCCGGCCCCGGCGUGGUCCUGGGGGCGGAUGCCUGGAUGUGGAUUUUGCUGUGGGGCCACCAGGUUGUUCCCACGUGAACAGCUUUAAGGUGGGAGAGAACUGGAGGCAGGAACUGCGGGUUAUCUACCAGUGCUUCGUGUGGUGUGGAACCCCAGAGACCAGAAAAAGCAAGGCGAAGUCGUGCGUCUGCCAUGUGUGUGGCACCCAUUUAAACAGACUCCACUCUUGCCUUUCCUGCGUUUUCUUUGGCUGCUUCACAGAGAAGCACAUCCACGAGCAUGCUGAGACAAAACAGCACAACUUAGCGGUAGAUCUUUAUUAUGGGGGCAUAUACUGCUUCAUGUGUAAAGACUAUGUGUAUGACAUAGACAUUGAGCAAAUUGCCAAAGAAGAGCAAGGAGAAGCCUUGAAAUUACAAGCGUCCACAGAGGUUUCUCAGCAGCCGUGUUCAGUGCCGGGCCUUGGUGAGAAAUAUCCCACCUGGGAAACGACCAAACCUGAGUUAGAACUGCUGGGGCACAACCCACGGAGAAGAAGAAUCACCUCCAGCUUUACCAUCGGCUUACGAGGACUAAUUAAUCUUGGCAACACGUGUUUUAUGAACUGCAUUGUCCAGGCCCUGACCCACACGCCAAUACUGAGAGAUUUCUUUCUCUCUGACAGGCACCGAUGUGAAAUGCCGAGCCCCGAGUUGUGUCUGGUCUGUGAGAUGUCUUCGCUCUUUCGGGAGCUGUAUUCUGGAAACCCUUCUCCUCAUGUGCCCUAUAAGUUACUGCAUCUGGUGUGGAUCCACGCUCGUCAUUUAGUCCUGGAACCUGAGCCAGAAAAGGUGAAAGAAAUGACUCCACAAGCCUACUGA